UGUGUCUGCGUUCUUCUGCCAGAUUGCCUUUUGCAUGGAACAGACCACAGCCUCCUCUCUCUCUCUCUCUCUCUCUCUCUCUCUUCUCGAUCGGAUUCUCUUUAAUCGAUUCUCUACUCCUCUCUCUCUCUAGGAAGUCUCUCUUUCCCUCUCUAGCCAAAGUUCUCUUCUUUCUGUAUGAACCAAAACCAAUGGGAAUAAUUCUGCUCAAAAUCUGAGUCUCUAAUUCCCUGAAUUCCACGCUUGUUAUUACUUUUUACUUCAAUUUCUCAGAUGUUUUGAUUGAUUCUACUGAGUUCUAGGCCUUGAUUUUUAUCUCUUUUUAUGCUAUUUGUACUCGGUCUACUGAGUUCACUUCUAUCUUGAGGAAGAACCCCAUGCGUUAAAUUGUUGAAUUAGUGGAAUAUUGAAACAUUGGAAAAUGGGGGCUGCAAAUUCAAAAAUAGAAGAAGAUAAGGCUUUGCAGCUUUGUCGUGAAAGGAAGAAAUUUGUUAGGCAGGCUCUUGACGGCAGGUGCUCACUAGCAGCAGCUCAUGUUAUAUAUGUCCAAUCACUGAGAAAUACAGGAACUGCUCUAAGAAAGUUCGCUGAAACUGAAGCUCCAAUUGAAUCUUCAUUGUACACUUCCACUAAUGCAACACCAGAGCCUCUUGCUUUAACUGAGAAGUCCAUUUCACAUUUCUCCAUUUCCUCUCCGUCUCUAUCACAACCAGUGGAUGCAACUGAAAAUCUUUCUCCAUCACCCUCUCCUCCCAGCUCUAGUCGGUUUCAAACAAAUCACAUGAAAUUUAGGGGUUUUUCUUCCAAAAAGGUUGAAGAGAAGCCUCCUGUAGUUGUUACAGGAACUGUGACCUCGUCCAGUACCCCACAGAAUACUACACCUCGUUCCACUGAAAAACCUGAAGCAUCACCAUUUGAAGCUUCUUCAGUCCCACCAGGAACUCCACCAUGGGAUUACUUUGGACUUUUUCAUCCAAUUGACCAUCAAUUUUCUGUUCAAGAAGGAAAAGAAAUGAAGCCAGGGUUGGAUAAUGCUGAUGAUUUAAGACGGCUUAGAGAAGAGGAAGGAAUUCCUGAACUGGAAGAUGAGGAAGAGAGACACUCAUUUCAUGCAAGUGAAGAAUCUGGGGAUUCAGAAGAUGAGUUUGAUGACCCUCCAGCAGAUACUUUGGUUAGAAGUUUUGAGAAUCUUAAUAGGGUUCAAGAUCAUGUUGCACCUAAUGCAUCCCCAGCCAUGCCUUCUGCUGGAAGUGUAGCUUCUGAAACUGAGUUAUUGCAUGGGGAGAAAAGUAACUCUCCUUAUUUGUCACCAUUGAGAACUCCAUCCUCACAAGUGGCUGUUUCUUCUGACACAAAGAAAACUCCUGUUAAAGAAGAUCGAGCUGAGAAUAAGGUUCCUCCCAAGGACUUCUUUUCGAGUAUAAAAGAUAUUGAAUACCUGUUUAUAAAAGCUUCUGAGGCUGGGAAAGAAGUUCCAAGGAUGCUUGAAGCAAAUAAGUUGCAUUUCCGUCCAAUAGUCCCAGGAAAAGAAAAUGGAUCAGUGGUAUCAACAUUCUUCAAAGCUUGUUUCUCUUGUGGGGAAGACCCUAGUCAAGUCCAAGAAGAGCCUGCUCAAAACGACGUGAAAUACUUAACUUGGCAUAGGACAACAUCUUCACGAUCAUCUUCAUCUAGGAAUCCUCUCGGGUCAAAUAUUAGGGAUGACAAUGAGGAUCUUACCAGUAAUAUUUUUGAAAAUUUUUGCAUGAUCUCUGGCAGUCAUGCUUCAACCUUGGAUAGGCUAUAUGCUUGGGAGCGAAAGCUUUAUGAUGAAGUAAAGGCUAGCGAGGCGGUCAGAAAGGAAUAUGAUGCCAAGCGAACUAUUCUUAGGCAACUGGAAUUUAAAGGACAAAAUAGCUACCAAAUUGAUAAAACUCGUGCUGUUGUUAAGGAUCUACACUCAAGAAUCAGAGUUGCAAUUCACAGAAUUGAUUCCAUAUCAAAUAGAAUCGAGGAAUUACGUGACAAAGAGCUUCAACCGCAACUUGAGGAAUUGAUUGAUGGGCUAAGUCGGAUGUGGGAGGUGAUGCUUGACUGCCACAAGUCUCAGUUUCACAUAAUCUCGAUAGCAUACAACAAUAGGAGUACCAAAUUCUCAAUACAAUCAGAGUCACAUCGGCAGAUUACCAUGCAUCUAGAAAAUGAACUUUACUCUCUGUCAUCAUGUUUUACAAAGUGGAUAGGUGCUCAGAAGUCCUAUCUGCAGGCUAUAAAUGAUUGGCUUUUCAAAUGUGUCAUUCUUCCUGAAAAACCUGUAAAGAAGAAAAGGAGACAACCACCACCUUCGUUAACUUUGAGAGAGAAAGGUCCUCCAAUAUAUGCCAUCUGUGGUGUCUGGUUGGAGAAGCUCAAUGAAUUGCCUGCAAAGGAUGUUGUGGAGGCUAUAAAGGGUUUAGCGGCAGAAAUUGCUCACUUUUUACCCCGCCAAGAAAAGAAUCAAGGAAAAAGUGCAAACUUAGGAUCAUGGAAGGCUGAUAAUGGCAGUGAUUCAGAAAUUAAUAUGUUGAAAGAUGAAGCUUUAGAUGACUUCAUUCCAGGUUUUGAGCGUUUUCGAUCAAGCUUGGAGGGAUUUCUUGGCCAAUUGAAUAACUUCUCAGACCGUUCCGUGAAAAUGUACGCAGAAGUUCAAAAAGCCAUUCAAGUUGCCAAGAAUCCCCAACCUCAAACCCUAUUCCAAUCACAAGUUGUUUAAUUGAAAAAGAAAAUGGAACAGAAGAAUUUGGUUGCAGUGGGGAGGGAAGAAUUUCACCUGUGCAGCAGUAUUCAGAAUCUCAUACAUGAAGCAUUUUGGACAUAUAUGGCAUUUGUACAUGAAGAAAGGAAUUAAAAAAAAAAAAAAAAAAAGAAAAAAAGAAA